CCCCCCCCACAGGGCUCCACCAUGGCCGCCUCCCCCCACGGGACCCUGCAGUGGGAGCAGCAGCGAGCAGCCGACAUCGUCCAGCUCCUGUCCCUGUACCGGCCCCUGCUCGACGCCUACGUUAUCGAUUUCUUCACCGAGGGGCUGUGGGCGCAGCUCCCCCCCCCGUGGCAAACAGCGCUGGGCUCCGCAGCCCCCCCCCACCUCGCCCACCUCCUGGGGGGCCCGGAGCCGGGGGGCCCGGGGCCGCUCUGGCCCCUCUCCCUCUUGGCCUUCGCCGCCGCCUCUCGGGCCCUCUCCUUCCCGCGGGGCCCCCCCGGCACCGCCCCGCGCCCCCCCUGCCACAGCCGCCGCCUGCACCCCCUGCUCCGCCGCCACGUCAAGCCCAAGAAGCAGCACGAGAUCCAGCGCCUGGGCAAGCUCCUGCAGCGCCUCAGCCAGGCCACCGGCUGCACACACGUGGUGGACGUGGGAGCGGGGCAGGGCCACCUCUCCCGGUUCCUGGCCUUCGGCCUCGGCCUCUCGGUGACGGCGGUGGAAGGCGACGGCCGCUUGGCCACUGCCGCCGAGCGCUUCGACCGGGAGCUGCUGCGGGAGCUGCACAAAACAGGGGGGGCCUCCCCCCACCCCCGGCACCGCCGCCCCCCGCUCACCCCACGGGGUCCCCAGCACAUCCCAGGCCGCUUGGACCCGGCGCUGCCAUGGGGGGAGUUCCUGUUACCCCCGGACCCCCCCGCUCCCGCUGCCCGCAACCCCUUGGGGGGCCCGGGGGGGGCUGCGGAUGGGGCCCGGGUGCUGGUAACGGGGCUCCACGCCUGCGGGGACCUGAGCCCGGCGCUGCUGCGGCACUUUGCCCGCAGCCCCUCGGUGGCCGCAGUGGCCUCCGUUGGCUGCUGCUACAUGAAGCUCUCGACGCCCCCCGGGUACCCGCUCAGCGCCUGGGUCUCGGCCUUACCGGGCCAUGAGCUCUCGUACCGGGCCCGGGAAGGCGCCUGCCAUGCCCUGGAGCAGUACCGGGGCCGCCUGGCGGGGGGGGGCAGCCCCUGCCUAAGGGCUCAUUGCUACCGGGCUGUGCUCGAGACCCUCAUCCGGGGGGCCCGGCCCGGCCUCCGGCGCCCGGGGGUGCAGACGGUGAAGAAGGCGCAUGCCCUCAGCUUCCCGCAAUACGCCCGCCUGGGGCUGCCCCGCGUGGGGCUGGAUCCCGCCUCCAUCCCGCUGGAUUCGGAUGCCAUCGGGACCAUGCUGCAGCAGCAGCACAAGGUCGUGGCCUUCUUCAGCCUCACGUUGCUGCUGGCGCCGCUGGUGGAGUCCCUCAUCCUCCUGGACCGGCUGCUCUACCUGCGUGAGGGCGGCUUCCACUGCGCCCUCAUGCCCCUCUUUGACCCCCGCUUCUCCCCCCGGAACCUGGUGCUCGUGGCUGCUCGCUGCCCCCUGGGCACGGUGCUGGCGGGGCUGGAGGAGGAGGAGAGCAGCGAGGAUGAAGCUGAGUCCCCCCCGGCGCAAUAA